GCUCUCAAACCCAAGCAGAGAAAACCACCAAACUCAGAAGCAGUUCGAGACCCUUCACACAUCACCAUGAUCUCCUUUCUCCUGUUAACACUGACCAUCGCGGCGUCGGCCAGCCGGGUACCUCGCAACUGCGGCACCUGCAACCCGAGUAUGUGCGAGCCGCUGCCGGCGGAGGGCUGCGCGUCAGGGGCGCUCUUUGAUGCCUGCGGUUGCUGCGCGUCUUGCGCGUCCGGAGUUGGAGAGCCGUGCGGUGGACGCGGAGCCGGAGCAAAGCGCUGCGCAUCUGGACUCGAGUGCGUCAAGAGCGAAAAGAAGAUCAAAGCAGGCAUGUGCGUGUGUAAGAACGACUAUCCCGUGUGCGGAUCCGACGGGGUGAACUACAGAACCGGCUGUGAUUUAAAAGCAACGAGUGUGAAAGCUGUGAGGGAGAACAAACCCGAGAUUAAGAUUCAGAACAAGGGCAAAUGCGCUCAAGCACCUGUUAUUGUGACAGCUCCAGGUGAGGCCUGGAACGUGACUGGAUCUCAAGUCUUCCUGAGCUGUGAAGCCACUGGGAUCCCCACCCCGGUGCUCACCUGGAGAAAGGUAUCUCAUGACAUUGAAAAAAUUGUGCCACUUCCUGGAGAUAAAGAAAACAUGGCAGUUCAAACCCGAGGGGGCCCGGAAAAGCAUGAAGUCACUGGCUGGGUGCUGAUAUCUCCUCUUACCAAGGAUGAGGCCGGUUCCUACGAGUGUCAUGCCAGUAAUAUUAAAGGUGAAGCUUCGGCUGUAGGCACCAUUCAUGUGGUGGAUUCCAUCAAUGACAUUCCUGCUAAGAAGGUGGUGAAAGAUGAGGAACUGUAAGGGGUCUCUGUUUCAUGGCUUCUGGUGGGAGUUCUGCUGUAUCAGGAGAUCGGAAAACUGCAACUCACUGUCGUUUACCUACACAAUAAGCAUGCAGACAAGCACAUACCAUUUUAAGCACUGAACACACACACACGCACUUUAUUCUAUUGAAGUUGUUCAGGACUGACAUUUCAGAGUCUUCGUUCAUAUUCUUUACCGCUGCAAUCUGUCUGCCCGCAGAACAACUUCGAUAACGUAAAGAUGCACACACAGAUGCACGUGAGCACAUAUCGCCAUUCAAACAUUCAGGCAUGCAAAAUAAUCUAUUCUGUCUGCGUUUGAGGUACUCGGGUAUCUCAUCUCCACAUAUCACAUGCAUGUUUUGCUUCUCUUCUGCAGUCAUUUCCAAGAUAAGUGUUUUUGUGUUCGAUACAAAUAUUGUAGUCAUUCCUUUGUUCUUUCUUGCAGUCGGCAUCUCUGGUGCUAAAUGGAAAACAUAUUGAGCGUUGACAGUUUUUGUGAACAAUGUUUAAGAAUUUUCCCCAGAGCUCAGUCAAAACAAAUUACCCUUAUCUACUUAAUCUGAAUGUCAAGAAUAGUCAUGUAAAAAAUACAAACAAUAUACAGCGGACUCAUUCAAGAUUCAGAAGUUUCAGCUGCAAAAUGUAAUGCAAGGGCAAGGACACAUUCACAUUACACAUAGUUAACAGAUUAUGGAUUGUAUUUUGCCAGUGCACCUACGGCUCUUUAACCAGUACUGUUGUAGUCAACAUCCUAUAAAAGUCUGAGCAUUGAAUGCAUUUGGUUCUACAUUUCUGAUUUGUGUAUCAUUAAUGAAUAAAACAUACUUUGAGAGUA